UCUCUCGUUCAGCGUUUGUCUAUCUCUCUUACGGUGUGUUUAUUGUGCCGCUUUUUCUCUCUGUCGGUCGUUGGCUUCGGUCUCCAAGCUCGGUCUCCAAGUUUCGUGUGCUAAAUACGCCGUCUUAUAUAACAUAAUUUGAAAAAUAAUUGCGUUGCAAUGUGCUAAGAAUUGAAGUCGACAUCUAAACAAUUUGUGUUGAAACGUGAAAACUUUUUGUUAAAAAACCCUUGACUCAAAAGUCAGUCAUGGCCUGUCGCUCGGACAUCGAUUUGGCCACUCUCCAUCAGCAUCGGCUGGAGGAGCGCCUUCACUAUGGCUUCGACUGGUGUGGUGCCCAUGGAAGCAGCCAACGGCAGCAGCAACAACAACGUCUCACCCACUACAAUGAGCAACUGAUCCAUCAUAGCGUCACUCAGCAGCGUCAACGCUUGGCCAAAACUGGUGGCUAUUACAAAAUAGACCAUAAAGAUCCCAGAAGCGAUAAGGAUGAGAUAACCAGCAAGGUUAAGGAGAACAUUGCUAACAAUAAUCAAAGACAAACCCAACAACAGGCUGAGGACGUGUACGAUUUCACGGACACAACGCGUCGCAGUCGCUCUGGCACUUGGCCGCGCACACGUAGCUUAAAUGCUCCAUCGCCUUUCCAGCAGUUUGGACCAUGUGGUCGCAUUAUGAAAAACUCUGCAAUGGUUAUGCAAAUUCAGGAUCCCGCCAGUCAACGCCUGACCUGGUACAAGCCACCGCUUACUGUGCUGGUCAUCAAGAAGAAGGACUCACAGGUGCUGCUGCCAUUUGUGCAGCUGGUCGAAUGGUUGGUCCAGGAGAAGAAUAUGGUCGUCUGGGUGGAGUCCGCUGUGCUGGAGGACAAGUUGCUCCGCGACGAUGUCAAGCUGGAGCAGGAGAGCGCCAAGUUCCGGCAGGUUCAUGAGUACCAUACUGGAGUUCGUUCCCGUUUUCUGGCGUUACGCGAAAAGUUGGUUACCUUCAAAGAUGGUCGGGAUGAUCUCACCGAUCGCAUUGACUUCAUUGUCUGUCUUGGAGGAGAUGGCACGUUGCUUUAUGCCUCACAGCUGUUCCAGCGAUCGGUGCCACCGGUGAUGGCGUUCUAUCUCGGAUCACUGGGAUUUCUGACACCCUUUCAGUGUGAUAACUUUCAGGAGCAAGUGACCAAUGUGCUGGAAGGUCAUGCGGCUCUCACAUUGCGCAGUCGUCUGCGCUGUGUGAUGCACCGCAAGGGUGAGCGUCGCAAGGAGUCGCUGCAACAGGCGUGCAACGAUCUGUUGAGACCAAAUUUGCAGCGUUCGUACAACUAUUCGGAGUUCAAUGGACCAACUGCCAGCAGUAAUAAUAAUAACAGCAACAACAACAACAGCAUUCUCGUGUUGAACGAGGUCGUCAUCAAUCGUGGACCAUCGCCGUACUUGAGCAAUAUUGACAUAUUCUUGGAUGGCAAAUACAUAACAUCCGUUCAAGGUGAUGGACUGAUUGUGUCCACGCCCACGGGCAGCACAGCUUAUGCGGCAGCAGCUGGUGCCUCAAUGAUCCAUCCCUCAGUGCCAGCGAUUCUGGUUACGCCCAUCUGUCCACAUUCGCUAAGCUUCAGGCCCAUUGUAGUGCCAGCCGGCGUUGAAUUGAAGAUAUCCAUAUCGCCGGAUAGCCGAAAUACAUCGCGUGUUUCAUUUGAUGGCCGCAACGAUCAGGAGCUGAAUCAUGGCGAUAGCCUGCGUGUGACCACAUCCAUUUAUCCGGUACCAAGCAUUUGUGCACAGGAUCAGAUAUCCGAUUGGUUCGAUUCCCUGGCAGAGGGUCUUCAUUGGAAUGUGCGUAAGCGACAAAAGUGCCUCGACGAGCUAUCGGAUUUGACGACAUCCAGUUCCGAGGACACGCUCGAUGAGUUUGACAAUCUUAAAAUCUACGAUGCGUAGUGCUCAACCACAACCACAACAAGCUGUAUACGUCGUGGCUUAUGUGUAGUUGUAGAUUAGUUAUUAGAGAAUGUACAAUUUGUAGACAUGCUACAUAGUUGCUAUCUAGGAAAA